ACAGCAAGACGAGAACCGUUGAUUUGAACUGAUAUCAUUGCAUCUCGGUUCCUGUAAAAUACUGACUUUACUCAUCAGUUGCUCCAAUCUGUUCAUCCAUCCACACAAACUCCUGCUCUUCUUGGCAAAACAAACAAUAUAUCAACAUGAACGGCCUGCUGUGUUGUGCUGAAAUUCUGGCCGUGUUGCUGUUUAUCCCGUGGUCUUUGUGUCAAAGUCUAGAACACAAUUCAGACAAUGCUUUGACCUCAACCGCCUCUAAUGACAUCUCAGAGAAUAAGUCAACAACUGAAUCUGAAUCACAAAAUUCUGAGAUGUCAACCGACAGCGCUACCAGCAUCUCCACCACCUCUCCGAUCACCCCUAACACCCGUACCACCCGUACCACCCCUACUACCCCGACUACCCCUACCACCACUACCACUGCCAAAACGUGGGAGUUUUCUGAUCUAUUAGAGGACAAGACAAUCCUAACCUGCGCAGCGCUGAUCUUAGCCUGCGCCAUCCUCCUGAUUUCUACCCUGGCACUUGCAUGCAAGGUGUGCCAGCUGAGAAGACGCCUCAGGGCGGCAGGCGGCGACUCCGAGUACUGGAUGGGAAUGGACAAGACGAGUAAAGCCGAGUCACAACCAGAAGCUAAAGAAAACGCUUUCCUGCUGACAGAGAACGGUCAAACGACUAGGGAGGGUGACAACGGCGCCACCGAGGAGGCUGGAGGGAAGGUCGAUGAGGUUAAGCAACAGGGAGACGAGAAGGAGGUGGGAGACUCUCAGAAGAGUGAGGGGGCGGCUGCGGCUGCAGCCCCAGAGGAGAGCUCUCCUCCUUCGAAGCCGGCAGAGGAGACCACCAAAGAUCCUCCGCCGCCUUCCUCCUCUGAAAACACAGAGGAACCUAAAAAAGAGCAGUAAGGUUUUCUUCACGAAUUUCCAUUUCAACGCAACUUGGCAGUCGUUUUCAGUAGUUUCGUAGUUCCUUUGAGCAGAAGAGUUUAUGCAUGUAAUUUUAACCCAUCAGAUUGUAUAUUUGUGCACGUGUCUUACUUUUUUUUUUUUUGCUUGCAUAUUUUUGUCAUUUCCCAAUUAAAAUUUGACAAAAUGUGUUUACUUGGUCUUUUUUGUUCAUUUGAUUCAAAAGCAGAAGGCGUCAAAGAAAACAAGCUUCUUGAAUGGAGUUCUAUGUGGGACGGAUUGCUGCUUAUUUUCAGUUCCCAGUUGGUUGCACAAGAUGUGUCUGUGUCCAUGAAGUUCCUUGCUAAAAUAUUCCUUCAUUUUGAGCUGUUUCACAAUUUGUCAUGUGGCUUUAUGGGACAGAGCAACACAAAGUCAAGUCCAUGUCGAU